UUCUGCUUUCACCCAAUCAGAAAGCAAUAGCACCUCAAUAUAAUGCGCCUCGUGUGGCUUUUCCAUCAUUUUAUUUACUUAGUUCUUUACUGUUGACUGUUUGUUGUAAGUUGGUGAAAUGGCAAGAACAAAGCAGACGGCUCGUAAAUCCACCGGCGGCAAGGCUCCGCGAAAACAGCUCGCCACAAAAGCGGCUCGUAAGAGCGCCCCUGCUACCGGAGGAGUGAAGAAGCCUCACCGUUACAGGCCCGGCACUGUAGCUCUGCGAGAGAUCCGCCGCUACCAGAAGUCCACCGAGCUGCUUAUCCGCAAACUGCCUUUUCAGCGACUGGUGAGAGAAAUUGCCCAGGAUUUCAAGACCGAUCUUCGUUUCCAGAGUUCUGCUGUCAUGGCUCUGCAGGAGUCCAGUGAAGCUUAUUUGGUCGGUUUGUUUGAAGAUACUAACCUGUGUGCCAUCCACGCUAAGAGAGUUACUAUAAUGCCCAAGGACAUCCAGCUGGCUCGCCGCAUUCGGGGAGAACGUGCUUAAAUUAAGGACAGGAUUUUUUUCGUUUACGUACCAAACGGCUCUUUUCAGAGCCACCA